AGGGAAUGAGUCACUUUUGGAGGCCCCGGCAAGUGUCCUGCUUCAGGCUGUGGUUUUGUGGGAGCCGAGGGGUGUAGCUAUUGCCUUCACUUGGGAAAAAUGCACGAAACGACUCAGCUUGUUGGUGGUACCACGGAGCUGGGAAACAGCAUCCUCCAGCCGAGGAGCCCCGAGCCGCUGCCCGGGGCCAGGCGCUGCUGGGAGGGGUCGGGAUCUGCUUUUGCCACCGUGGGCAUGGGAAGGAGCAGGGAGUGUGAUGGAGGGGGAUCGUGGAUGCUCUCUGAACAGCCACAGACCCACACGUAACUGUGGGGAGCUGCGGGAGAGGAACGUGCAGCGCUGCUGCUGCUCAGCCUUUCUCUGCGUGGGGAGAGAAAAGUUCUGGCCACAUUUUGCUCAUUAAAAUAAGCCAAAACACUGACUAUUUUGAGGUGGGAGAACCUCACAGGCUUCCAGUCCAGCCUGCUGGCAUCAGAGCGAGGGCAGGUUAUUGCACUAACCCCUCCGUACAAGCAGCCAAAUCUGAACAGGGGCUGGGAGCGGGCUGGGGGCAAGGGGCCGGGGAGCCAGUGCACGCCCCGGCGCCGCUUCCCCCCAGGGAGGUUUGUUUUCUGUGCCGUGCGUGCCACGGCGAAGCCGGGAUCACUGUGUCCUUUGGUGCUGGGGACAGACGCUGCUUGUCUUGUGUUUCCUUUGAGAAGAGCUUCCUCCACCCCUGGAGAUGGACCCUGGGGGAGGGAGAAGAUAAGGGAGCCCAGAACACAGCCCCAUUGUGUGGCCUUGUUUUGCUCCCGGCAGCAUCCCGGCCCCAAGGUGACGAUGGGGAAGCCUCUCCGAUGCCUUUUUGCAGGGCAGGAUAAGGCCGGUGGGACGCAAGAGUGGCUGGACCCCCCCUUGCACAACCCGCAGGAGCCAGGAAGGAUGGGAGCAGCAUCCCCCCCACUCCGGAGACUUGAAGAAGGGGCCAUGAAAUUAACCAUUGCCCUGACGCCUGCGGGAGCACGGGGGGCCGAUGCCGAGGGAAGGCUUUGCCGGCCCGAGGGGCUGCCGGAGCCCUGUGCGGUGCUGCAUUUUCCCUGAAUUCCCCAACGCUGUGGUCUGCAAAUAAAGGGAUGUUUGUUAGCCGGGUGCUGUUUUGCCGAGCAGAACAAUAAAGAGAAAGACACUCACAAUGGGAAAUUGUGCUUCCUCCUCCCCGUGCGUUCCUCGGGGAGGUGUUGGGGGGGUGGAAAAAGAGAAGAAAGCGGGAAGAGACAGUGACAGGGCAGGGAGCGAGGGCACGGCCGGCGCUCGCCGCUCCCGCACGCCAUGGGAGCAGGCACCGAGGGACCACGAGGCCACAGGGCUGCGGGGACGCUGCCAGCGCCGGGACGGUGACAGGGCAGGGGCUGGCUGGGAGCACCUGCUCGCCGCCUCCUGCGUCUCCGUGUCCCCCCUUCCCGGCAGCACCGCGACGCAGCUUUGACCUUUCCAGAGCCCUUGGCCCCACGAUGGGGCGGCUGUGACGGAGACGGGACGCGGUGGGUGCUGGAGGCGUUGGAUGGGAACGGUGGCUCCCCGGAGGACGUGGCUGGGGACGGCACCAUCCUCCCCCCAGCUCUAAGGAUGCACCAGCUUCUCCUGCUCGGCUCCCUCUGGCUCUUGGCAGCGCCCCCGGCAUCAAGCAUCUUCCAGCGGCCGACGGGGAGCCCGGCCCCCCCACGCCUGCAGUACCUGCUGGAGCCCCUCCACACCGCGGUGCACACGCAGAGGGGUGCCACGGCCACCCUGCCCUGCGUCCUGCGCGCCCUGCCCCGCAACUACCGGGUGAAGUGGAGCAAGGUGGAGCCAGCCAACUACCGGGAGAACAUCAUCAUCAUCACCAACGGGCUGUACCACAAGAACUACGGGCCGCUGAGCCCUCGGGUGCGCCUGCGGCACAGCCACCGCUACGAUGCCUCGCUCACCAUCACCGACGUGGCUCUGGAGGACGAGGGACGCUACCGCUGCCAGCUCGUCAACGGGCUGGAGGACGAGAGCGUCUCACUCACGCUGUAUCUUGAAGGCGUUGUCUUCCCCUACCAGCCCAGCAACGGGCGCUACAAAUUCAACUACCAUGAAGCCAAGCGAGCCUGCGAGCAGCAGGACUCCCGCCUCGCCACCUACCAGCAGCUCUACAAAGCCUGGACGGAGGGUCUGGACUGGUGCAACGCCGGCUGGAUCCUCGACGGGACUGUCCACUACCCCAUCAUCAAUUCGCGGGAACCGUGCGGCGGCCGCCUCCUCCUGCCGGGUGUCCGGACCUACGGGGCCAGGGACAAGCAGAAGGACCGAUUCGAUGCUUUCUGCUUCACCUCUGCUCUUCAAGGCGAGGUCUUCUUCAUCCGGGGCCACCUGAACUUCAAGGAGGCCGGGCAAGCGUGCCGCAACCACGGGGCUGCCAUCGCCAAAGUGGGGCAGCUCUACUCCGCCUGGAAGUUUUCCCAGCUGGAUCUCUGCAACGGGGGGUGGCUGGCAGACGGCAGCGUGCGGUACCCUAUCAUCACCCCCCGCGAACGCUGCGGGGGGCUGCCGGACCCCGGCGUCCGCAGCUUCGGCUUUCCCAGCAAGGAGCUGCGGACUUACGGCACCUACUGCUUCACGAGGGAGUAGGAACGCUGGGGGGAGAGGUGGGCUGAGCGGAGGGGACGGUGGUGGGAUGCCGGCCCUCGUCACCCAGGUGGAGGGCUUGAGGCAGGGGAUGAUGGGGGGGGACCUUCCAGUGAUUUCAGGUGGUCCGUGCAUCCUCCAGUGGAGCGGCAGAGCCGGGUUUGGGUGCUCGGUGCAUCAUCUGAUGGAGCUGCUCCCCACACUCCAGCCUGCUUUGGGGCUUGGUGGGUGUUCGGGGCUUGCUGGAGAAGCCAGACCCAUCGCUGGGCCAGGAAGGGGGUCUAAUCCAGCCCCCCCAGCAGGCAGCACAGGCUCCCCAUUCCCCGACCCUGGUGCGUCUCUCACCCCGUCCUCGCUCCCCGCGGCCACGAGGACUCUGGCUGGUGCAAGCGCACUGGAGGGCCGGGCAUUAACGAGCGUGACUAAUGGAGUUUCGCCUUCUCAAUUAAUAAAGCAACAGUAAAGCUGCACGGCAAAGCCAUGCUCUGGCCUGGCCUCUGCCCCCCGGCACUGUCUGGCC